AUGUCUGCGAUUUCACAAUACGUCAAUUUUUUUAUUAACGAUGAAAAACCUACACCAAUCGCAUUUAUAAAAAAGUUCGACUUCUCUUCAAAGAAGGAAGGACUCUCAAGCUGGUAUUCGACUCUCAGCAAGACCCUCGAAAUUAACAAAAUGAUCCCAAACUUAUUGAAAUCAGGCAAAAUUACGAAAAAGGUUAUUACAAGCAAAGCAUCAAUGAUUACUUUCGACAAUCAGAACGUGCUCACCUCUAUUGAUAAGACCUUAACAAAUAAAACUGGCAAUGCGAUUCGAAAACGUAUACAUGAUCUCCUUCCGGAAGAAACUGGUGAUCAAAAAUUCUCGAAGAAACCUUGUCUAAGGGAGUCGAAUCAGAAGAUAAAUCGAGGAAAUAAUGAUUUUUGCUUGGCUUCAUCCGAUCCUGAUUCGGAAUAUUUCAACGCUCAGGAGGCGAACAGCGAAAGUCUUGUUUCCAAAAAUCGACGCUCCAACAGUUCGGACAAGGAAAAUUAUAGAGGUGAAAAGCCUGACUUUAAAGUUAUAACCAGUACAAAAGAAGAAAUUCUUUUUGGCGAGGUUAAGACAAAAGAUUCACGUUCUUUAUUGAUUAAUAAAGAUCUCGUAAAAUUAUCCAAUUUCCAAUCGGGUGCCUUAGACGAGUUAAUUAAAAAAUAUGGUAACAAGAUUGGUUUAGCUUCAUUUGGUAUAUGGGUCAGUGGUCCACGUAUUCGGAUCUACGAAAUGGAUCUAAACUACGAUGGCAUGUAUAGAAUGUUUUUGAUGGCGAAUGUUGUGACCCCAAUGGAAAGGGCACAAUUUUUAAGUCUGAUACCAGUAUUAGAAGCAUUGUAUUAUAUUAAAGAUCGUAUUUCUGAAGUAUUAGAGGUAAUCGUUUCCGACACUCCAGCUAGUUCACCACGUUCUACUUACGUCAGAAUGCCCACCCCUCCACCAAAAUUAGUAAAGAUUGCUAUCAUCGGUCUGCCGUCAAAUUAA